GGCCGGGCGUCUCCAUGGCGACCGCGUGCGCCGGAGGCCUCCAUUGUUGGCUGCAGCUCCAGGCUGGCGAACACGGCUCCCGGAUGUGCUAGUGCGGGGACGCCGCUGGCGAGAAGCAGGGGUAGGGCCGCAGGCGACUCCAGGCUGCGGAGGGUGAGCAGCGGCCUCGCAGAUUCGCAUCCUCGCGGAUGGAGGGAGCCGGCGCUGAGGCUGCGGCGCCCCAGGGCGGUGCGGCUCAGGCGGGGAGCCCGACGGCUUCUGCCUGCGAAGAUGGCCACACGAGGGUGACCGGGGCCAUCUUCUCCUCCUCGCCAAUCCUAGACUUGAGUCGGAGUGGACUUCAGCAUCUGGGGGACAUCCUUCAGAUCCCCACCCUUAAACAACUGCAUCUUCAGAGAAAUGCCCUGAGCACCCUCCCCACCGACUUUUUCCAGCUGCUGCCGAGCCUCACCUGGCUGGACCUGCGGCACAACAGGAUCGCGGCGCUGCCCCCCGGGGUGGGCUCUCACAGGUAUUUGAAAACUUUGCUUUUAGAAAGAAAUCCUAUCAAAACGUUACCUGUGGAGCUGGGGAACGUGAGGACGCUGAGGGCUCUGAACCUGAGGCACUGCCCCGUGGAGUUCCCGCCCCAGCGCGUGGUGCAGAAAGGCUCGGCCGCCGUCCUGAGCUUCCUGCGCGCCUGCGCCGCAGCGCCGGCUUCUUGCGCGAUCCCACCCCCUGAGGUGAUGAACGCGCACCGGCUGCCACAUCCCCGUGGGGACCUACCCGGAGAACGUGCACCCGACAGAGACACCACAAAGCCUCGGGGGCUAGAGGCGGCCAGGCCGACAGAAACUGGGGGCCCGGGCCCGCCUGUCGGAAGCCUGGACCGACGUGCGCGCAGGAGAUCCCCCGGCCCCGGGGAAGACUGGCUGCCUGAGGAGGAGACCCGGCGCUUCUGGAAGCUGCGGCAGGAAAUCGUUGAGAAGGAGCAGGCAGAGGUUCUGGAAAACCAGCUCCUAGCGUUGGAGUUGCCUCCCAAGCUCCGGGCCAUGCUGUGCGCCCGGGAGGAAGCGCGCCCCAGUCCCAGACACACCCUCAGAAGGAAGGCGGCCCCCGUCAAGGGCGUCCUGCCGGACCCGGCCCCGGCGCACUCGGUGGCGCGCGGGGCGGGGCGGCUGGCGGAGAGGCGGGCCGCGGCGCUGGGGGAGCUCCGGGAGAAGCAGGCGCUGAUGGAGCAGCGCAGGAGAGACCAGCGCACCCUGCAGGAGUGGCGAGAGCAGGCCCGGGCGAUGGGGGGGAAGACGGAGGGGCUCAGCGCGCUCCCGCCUCCCAGGCGGCCCCUGGUGGCGUCCAAGGCUCCCUUUGCUGCAGAUCUGCCGGACAAGGCAAGAGCACCAGUGAACCCACACGGAGGGAGGGGACAAAGCAGAGAGAGGUCCCUGCGAGCAAGUGACAAGCUGAGAGCCGGCCGCGAGGGGGCGCCGGAGGAGCAGCUGAAGCAGCACAUCCGGCGGGGGCGCGUGUUCAGGGCACUGCGCCGCUCGCGGGGAUUUGGGGGCUGCAGAGGGCCUGGGUCCCCAACUGCCCGGCGUGGCACUUGCUGUGAGGUGGCCUGUGUCCGAACAGGAGGGCCCAGCCCGGUCCUCACACCUGUGGCCGGUGGGCACUGGCUCUGCACCGUGGUCUCUGAACGGUGGCUCAUGCCUUUGGACCAGACAGCUUUGGUUCCAUCCCAGAAGCACGCGGCCGUGUGCAAGGAGCCGGGCCUGGGCGAGGCCAGCCCAGGUGAGCUCCAGUAA